AUGGCUCUGCCCAAAGCUAAGGAGAUCGUGUCGUCCAAUUCCGUUGUCGUUUUCAGCAAAACCUAUUGCCCUUUCUGCGUCGAAGUGAAGAAGCUUUUCGGCAGCCUUGACGCCAAUUACAAGGUCUUCGAGCUCGACACUGAACCUGAUGGAACUGAGAUCCAAGCAGCAUUACUUCAGUGGACUGGUCAGCGAACUGUGCCAAAUGUAUUCAUUGGUGGAAACCACAUUGGUGGCUGUGACGACACAACCAACCUGCACAAUCAGGGGAAGCUGGUGCCUCUGCUGACUUCUGCUGGAGCUGUUACCAAAUCAACUGCUUAA